CCGCCUUUUAAUGUACAAUUUACACGAUGGAAUUGAAAGGGAGAUCGAUGCCCCAAAUCGUUAGAAGCGGAACGCGUGAAAGACGCGUUAGCCUGGCUCUCGCGGUAUCAAGGGACCCGACGCGAGUUCCUUUCCCGCAGAGAAAUACCUUUUUCUCUUCCCAUUCGCCUUCCCUUGGUAAUCACGUAACGGCGCGUGAUAAUCGGGAUCCGUGGAAAAAAGAAAGGACAAAUUCACUGCCGGACGUAACAUGCAGUACACGUAUCUCCGAUAAGUUUAUCUUCUAAUUUGGUUACGCCUUGAAUACUUAAAAAGCGGGCGGUGAAAACGGAAUCGCGGUUGUAAAUUCUUCGCAUAUACACGUUGAUUUUAUUUAACUUCAUAAAAGUUUCAUAAAGGAAUUCGAAACGAAGUAGUUGUAAUUAAUUAUAAUUGGAUUCGCGUUUUAUGCUUGGUAACGCUAGAGGCUCGCUCGUAAAUUGCUACGUUGCGUUUUAAUCAGCUAAGUAGGGUUAUGGGUGCCGAUUAAUUUAUAGGGAUAUUGCAGUUUACGUUUUAGAAGCGUUGAAUAGUUUGUAUCGCGGUUAUGAACGUUUUCGAUAAACAUUGUCGAUUUCGAUCAUGCACGCUGCGAUACCACCCCUCGUUCGAUCUUGCUAUAUCGAACGCUGUUCGAGAUUCAAGAUUCCCUUACUACGACAACUUUGACUACAGGUUAUGUCAAACAAUCGUGUUGUCACGAUUUUCUUAUCGGGACUUUGAAGUUUAAAAAUGUUAUCAUAUUUUCGUUGAUUAAUUCCGUUAAACAAUUCAGUUGAUUCAAAUUUGUGCUAGAAUCACAUCGUAAAUAUGAAUUACUCCCGUGUGUAACCGAUCGGUUUGCGAAAACAAGCAGUAGUUCUUAGAAGCAGGGAGGUUAAAAGUUCAAUAGUUGUCUCUUUUGUCUAUCUUGCGAAAAUGGAUGAUCAAGCUUGUCCAAGAUGCAAAACUACCAAAUAUCGAAAUCCAUCAUUGAAAAUGAUGGUAAACAUUUGCGGACACACUUUGUGCGAGAGCUGCGUCGAUUUAUUAUUCCUUAAAGGUUCUGGCUCUUGCCCUGAAUGUAAAAUUCCUUUAAGGAGAGCAAAUUUUCGAGUACAAUUAUUUGAAGACCCUAUGGUAGAAAAAGAAGUAAACAUAAGGAAAAGAAUUCUCAGAGAUUUUAAUAAGAAGGAAGAGGAUUUCGCAACUUUAAGAGAAUACAAUGAUUACUUGGAAGAAGUAGAAACCAUAAUAUAUAAUUUGGCUAACAACAUUGAUGUGAUCGAAACAAAUAAGAAGAUAGAGCAAUAUAAGAAAGACAAUAAAGAUCAAAUAACGAAGAGCAAGUCAAAGCUUGGGAGAAGCGAAUAUGAAUUGGAGGAGAUGAUUGAACUGGAAAGACAGAAGGAGGAAGAGAGAAAACUAGAAUUAGCUAAAGAGGAAGUAGAAGCCAAAAGGAAAAAAAUUCGGGAAAAGGAAGCGCUGAUAGAUGAAUUAACAUAUUCAGAAGGAAAUGCAAAGAAUAUUGUAGAAACAUUUGCCUCUGCUAUACAAGCGUCAAAGAAGGAAAUGAAAGCAACUCCUCCUAAGGUCACUCAAUUCAGUACAGGAAUUAAAUUCGGCUCUCAGGGAAGCCAGAAUUACAUGCCCAUGCCGAAGAUCGAGGAAGGGCCUCUGUACUCUUACACCCCCAUUCAACAAGGUACCGAUGGUCCAACGCCACCUGGUUGGAGAGAAUUGCAAUCUCGCGGCUACGUUUCUCACGUGCGCGCUGAAUCGGCUGCCGAAAGGGCAGGAGGAUUCAAGGCGCACGUCGCUUGCCUAAGAGCUUUACAAGAAGCUAUGGCUGGUUUGUAUUAUAAUCCAUCGCAACGGCAAACGGAAUUUACGACCGUGUAAUUAAAUCCCAAUUAUUUGAUACUAGGAUACUACAUUUCUAGUUUUGUACAUAACAUUUAACGAUAGAUAUGACUAAUUGCGAUUCAAAGUUUGCAAUUUAUUGUCGUGAAGCAAUAAAAGUCAAACUGACUAUGUACCCGUGAUGUAAUCAGAGAUUACAGGUAUACGUGCCUUGCAUAUUUAUGUAACGCAUACUGUAACACUAUGUACGACUAGUACCUGUUUACUGUUCAUUGAGUGUAUGUGUAAGAAAAGUCCAUUUCUUUCCAUGCAAAAUAAAACCGAUUUUGUUAAACAUA